AUGUCACUUGAAAAUUGGCCCCUAUUUUUGGCUCAACUGCGACAGAUGAAUGAUUGGCUUGCUCAUCAAGAUGCCAAUUUCCAUCAACUCAUGGGAACUGUCGGUGGUGAUAGUGAAAGUGUCAGCCAACUCAUCAACUCAUUCUCGGUCCUCGAGGAGGAGUUGCGACAUCAGCGUUUCCAAGUUGAAGAUCUGCUAGAUCGGGGACAAAUGUUCAUGCGAGAUCAGCUUGCCGAGGGGAGAUGCGGCUUCUCCACGGAAUCUGAAGGAGACUCUGAUGGAUCCGAAUUCGAUCCUGGCAAGAGUGACGUAGAUGAAUCGGUCAUGAGUACAAAACGAAUUGUUCGACGAAUUCGACGACAUCUGGUUUACCUUGAUAAGCACUGGGCUGAGCUGAAUCGUUCCAUGUUGGCCUAUAGACAACAGCUUGAUAGAGCAUUUCAGAAAUUGACUGUUUUUGAAAGGGUACUCGACGACGCUGAAAGGGAGUUGGAGGCAGCUCAGAAAGUACUAAUGGCUCAGGACCCUUCCUAUCCCAUGGAUGAAAGAACACUGCAGGUCAUUUGGGAUACGUUUGCAUCUGUAACUCAUGCAAUUGCUGGUCUGGAUGGUCAAGCGCUGUGUCUAAGUGACGAUGGAACCAUCAUCUCCCACGUUCUCAUCUCCAGACUCGAUGGAUUGAAAAUUGGCCUGGAGCGUCUUCGAUCGGAGGCAAACGAAGGAAUGAACCGUUUUCCCUCUGGAAAUGAUGCCGGCUCUAGUGCAUUGCCUACUGUUGUGCCAUUUUUUCAACAGGCUUUACGAUCCCCUCCACAGCAUUUGCUUAAUCCUAAUCAACUGGAAUCCUCAGUAUCCGUCAGCGGUGGUGAUGCACCCAUUCCACGACCAAAAAGUCCGUCCGAAUGCUGGCUACAAGCUUUUCAAACCGUGGAUGGUCUGGAGGUGCCUUCAGUUACCUGCCACCUUCUUCAAGAUGUUCCACCUGCUUGUCUUCCAGAAAUGCUUUUCAGCCUCUUUACCUCUGGAAUUGGGUUGAUCGACCAAAUUCCCUUGAAUGUGGCCACAGAGACUUUCGCCCGUCAUGGUCUCUCCUCACCGCUUUGCAGCGAGGGCUGUGAUGGUCGAGUGAUGGACGUGGCACAGAUGGUGAAUUGUCUCACCACUCUCUACUGUCGUGUCUGGGACACGCUGGCCAAUCAACCAGAUGUUGUCAAGACAAUAGACACUAAUGCGGGAGUGGUGAGAAGUGGUUUGUCUACUCAGCAGACACCAACAAAAUCCUGCACCUCGGAAUCCACUCUGGCUGGUACCAUUGGCCAACAGACGUCAAUGACCGAAAACGCUUCCCUCUUGGAGAGUCGGUCAAGGUCAAAGAAGACACCCACCCAUCGCAGUGCAAUCAAUUGUAUGUCCAGUGUGCUGUGUGCUACAAGCAACAAACACAGUCGAGGUGAUGAGAGUAAAAGUGAGAAUGGCAGCGAUGGCCCUCGACAACGUCCAGCUACCCCAUCUGUGGAAAAUCGUCCAACCAAAGAGAGCGAACGUGCUUCACUUGGAGAAAUGCCUCCAUCAAGAAUGCAGCCCUCGUCCUCCUAUUCAAGGGUGGAGAAACUUCAAACACGCCUUCAAUUGCCUGAUGGACGAGAAUUUGCUCUACCGACAUGUGUGGAUUUGGCUCUCAAUCUCCUCUUAAAUUCUUUUGAUAGCUCCCGCAGUGGGACGAUUCGUGUUCUCUCCUUCAAAGUGACAAUCUUCCUGCUUGUCAACGCCACUCUGGAUGAAAAGUAUCAAUAUCUAUUCAGUCUAGUGGCGGAUCGUGACAACAAGAUUAAUGACUCACGACUCUGGCUUCUCGUCUAUGAAAUUUUGCAACUACCUCGACAGCUCGGCGAGACUUCAUCCUCAAACUGUGCAAACAGUAACCUCGACCCGAACAUUUUAAUGUGCUUUAAGAAGAAUCUCAAGGCGAAGGGAGGGCAUGAACACAGAUCCAGCAGCACUAUCGUACGCGCACCCUCACUGGACAGUCAAAUUUCAGCUGCCUCCCGACCCGACGAUGGUGAACUGCUACCAAGUGUUGGGUUAGAUCGGUUCUACGAGUGGUUGAAGUUGGAGCCACCGAUAGUAGCCUGGUUGCCGGCGCUGCAUCGACUGAUAGCGGGUGAAAAACUCAUUCACCAAGUCCGAUGUGCUGUCUGUCAGGCCUGUCCAAUCAGAGGUUUGAGAUACCGCUGUUUGCGAUGCCUAAACUUCGACCUUUGCCAAAAUUGUUUCCUCAUUGGAAGAGUUGAAAAAAGCCACAAAAUCACGCAUCCGAUACAGGAGUAUACAAGUACACUGCAACGAAGUGACAGUCUACGCGAUUUCAGUCGUGUGGUACGAAAUCGCUUCAGGCCGAAGGAGAAGUUCCGUCAAUCUUCAUCCAAUGCUGAGGACUCGUCAAAGUCGAUUGCUACACCUACCACUCCUAAAGCUGUGGGCAGAGCCACUCCCACAUUGUACGAUCGACCACCGAGGGCUGCACCGAUUAGGCAGAAUUCCACCGAACACCAGAACGCCACUUCCUCCCCAGCAAUUUGGCAGACAAAUCGACCUGCUUCGCUGGGUGAAACACGAAAACGCGUGCUCUAUUCCACCCCCUCUGUCGGUGGCGUGGACAGCUCGAUGCCUCGAUUAAAUGCCAAACCACGCAGAGGUGGAUCAAUGGAUCAGGAGCACGAGCUUAUUGCCCAGUACAGCCACUCACUAAGGCGACAGAAUUCCCUCACUCCGACCGGUGCAAUGAUGCCUGGUGGUCAGCCCCUCCUGUACUAUGGCCCUCAAGACUCGGUUCACUCACUGGGACCGCCAUGGCUGUAUAGCAGUGCCACCUAUGACAGAUCGCGACCCCCGGAGCCACGCUUUUUCACUAUGCGACCCAAUCAACUACGCGGGAGCGGUGGAUUUCGUGCCAACUCACAACCCCCACCUCACCCCGGUCCAGGUAUUUAUGCCACCGGUCCACCAGUCAGUGCUCAGGCAAAGUGGUAUCGCAAUCCUAGUGGUUGGGAGGGUCCUAUGGUUGCUGGUAGCGCUGGUUCAUUGGAUAAAGUUUUAAUGAAUCUGGAGGAGGAGAAUCGCUUCCUACGUGCUGAAUACGAUAGACUUCGAAUGCAAUCGCCAGCUCAGAAUUUGCGCCCACUUCGAUCCCCAUCGCUGCAAUAUCCCCUCUCUCAAAUGGGACUGUAUCAGGAUAACAUGUACCACUCUGCCUAUGGAAAUCCGCAUUUCCCUCCGAAUUCACAGCUAAACCCUCAACUUGGCUAUGGCCAACCAAUAUCGCUAUUGGGUAGAAGUCAAACUGAACGUAUCUACCCUUCAAACAACGGGGUUUUCUACGGUGGAUCAUUGGGUCGGGGAUCCGGAGCAGCCGCCUACUCAGCCUUCCUAAGGAGCAACGGUUCGGGUCGAGUGACCUUCGAUUCAGCCAAUCAGCGCUACCAGAGCAAACCCUCUCACGUGACCUCAUCACAGCAGUUGGCUGUGACACCGACCCAAGAGAGUGAGUUGGCACAGGAGACACGGCUGCUAAGGCAACAUAAGACUCGGCUAGAAUCGCGGAUGCAACUGCUGGAGGAUCACAAUAAAGUUCUGGAAGAUCAGCUGAAUCGGUUGAGGCAGUACCUCAACAUUCCGCCUCCUCCGCAUGCGCCUCCUCCACCUACCUCCACUAAUCCUACUUCAAGGUCUGUGUCACUCAGUGUUCCCGGUCAAACGUACACCCGUGAGAACGGAUCCAUUGAUCAGCAAACUGGAAGCGGCUACACUGGUACUCAAUACCUUUCAAGUUCUGAUCGCCCAUCCCCACCCUCCGCCCUUGUCGCUCCUGUCAACUCGGUUGGGUUCAACCAGGCUCUCUGGGCUUCUGUAGCGCUCCCAGUCUGUCCUGGAGACAGAAGUCAUGAUCCUAGAGUCGAAGAUGUAUUGCCGACGUACAGGAGGACGAAGGAGUUACCAGCCGCUCAGCAGAAGUACAACGACGGAGCUCUAAGCCUCCCCUGUAACCAAAAUGAAGAGUUUAAGGAGCAAUCAAAGUCAGGCCCUACCCCACAGUGCAACCGGUACCAAUCCCAAUUAGUUUUUCAAAACGGAAUGAAUUCCACACCACCGUCUCCCAAUCGUCGGUCACUCCUUCACCCGCACACAGACACGCAAUCACCACUACUUGAAACACCCUUCCACACGUCUUCCAAACCGUCCGUCCGACUUACUACCAGAAUGAAAACUCGGUCGCUUGAGCCUCCUUCACCUCCUCCUCCUCCUUCUACCCCUCCUUCGUUACCUUUAGAAGGUGCCACCAAAUAG